AUGUCCGUUGGGUGGAACACGUAUGAGAAGAUGGAUAGCAGCUGUGUUGCAUACGGCACCUCUGCCGACGCCCUGAGCACUACUCUAUGCUCAUCGUCUGUACCAACAACUUACACUACGUCUCGAACUUGGUCAAACACGGUGAUCCUGACCGGUCUGACCCCAGCCACCACCUACUACUAUAAAAUCCAAUCGACCAACUCGAGUGUGAACCAUUUCUUGAGUCCUCGCACACCGGGUGACAAGACCGCGUUCAACAUGGAUGUCGUUAUCGACCUUGGUGUUUACGGUGCGGAUGGCUUCACCACCACCAAGCGUGAGGAGAUCCCUUACAUCGAGCCUGAGCUGAACCACACCACGAUUGGUGCUCUUGCCCGGACCAUCGAUGACUACGAGCUUGUCAUCCACCCGGGUGACUUUGCUUAUGCCGAUGACUGGUACCUGAAGUUCUCCAACCUGCUCGAGGGCAAGGAAGCCUACCAGUCCAUCCUUGAGCAGUUCUACGACCAGCUCGCUCCUAUUGCCGGCCGCAAGGCAUAUAUGGCCAGCCCCGGCAACCACGAAGCCGACUGCAGCGAGAUCCCCUACCUUCUGGAACUGUGCCCUGAGGGCCAGAAGAACUUCACCGAUUUCCUGCACCGCUUCGACCAGACCAUGCCCGAGCCUUUCACUUCGUCCUCGACCAGCACCACCGCCCAGGCCCUCGCAGCCAAGGCAAAGACCUAUGCCAACCCGCCCUUCUGGUACUCCUUCGAGUACGGCAUGGCUCACGUUGUUAUGAUCAACACCGAGACCGACUUUCCCGACGCGCCCGAUGGGACAGAUGGUUCUGCCAAGCUGGACAGCGGUCCCUUCGGCACAACCGGCCAACAGAUCGAGUUCCUGACAGCCGACCUCGCCUCUGUCGACCGCAGUGUCACCCCUUGGCUCAUCGUCGCCGGUCACCGCCCCUGGUACAGUACUGGCUCGGACAACGGCUGCGACUCAUGCCAAGAGGCAUUCGAGGAUCUAUUCUACAAGUACGGCGUCGAUCUUGGUGUGUUCGGCCACGUCCACAACUCCCAGCGUUUCCUGCCCGUUUACAACGGUACUGCUGAUGCGAACGGCAUGACCGAUCCCAAGGCGCCUAUGUAUAUCAUUGCUGGUGGUCCUGGUAACAUUGAGGGCCUUAGCUCUGUUGGCACCGAGCCUUCGUAUACUGAGUUUGCGUAUGCGGAUGACUACAGCUAUGCCCAGCUGAAAUUCUUGGAUGAGAACAACCUCCAGGUUGAUUUCAUUCGCUCGGAAACUGGUGUUGUUUUGGAUUCUAGUACUUUGUACAAGAGCCACACUGAGUCGUUUGUUGUGCAAUAG